CAGGGAGUGGUGGGCGGAAACCUGGCCGAGACUGAAGGAGGGUGGGCCGGGUCCACCCCGGCCCGCCCCUCUGUCCUGUCCGCCUCUGCUCAUUCGGAGGCUCGGCCCGGCGGUGAUCUAGUCCAGACACUUUCGCUGCACGCGCGCGGUCCGGAAGAGUUCUGUCAUCCGGGGUAAACUGAGGCUCCGCCAUGUGCGGCAUCUGGGCGCUGUUCGGCAGCGAUGAGGGCCUGUCGGCGCAAUACCUGAGCGCCAUGAGCGUCGCCCACCGGGGCCCCGACGCUUUUCGCUUCGAGAAUGUGCACGGCUUCACCAACUGCUGCUUCGGCUUCCACCGGCUGGCCGUGGUGGACCCCGUGUCCGGCAUGCAGCCCCUCCGCCUGCAGAAGUUCCCCUCCCUGUGGCUGUGCUACAACGGCGAGAUCUACAACCACCGGCAGCUGCAGAAGCACUUUGGGUUUGAGUACCAGACACAGGUCGAUGGGGAGAUCCUGCUCCACCUCUACAACAAAGGGGGCAUCGAGCAGACGGCCCCCAUGCUGGACGGCGUCUUCGCCUUCAUCCUGCUGGACACCGCCAACCGCAAGGUGUUCUUGGGGAGGGACACGUUUGGCGUCCGGCCGCUGUUUAAAACGCUGACGGAUGAAGGAUUUCUGGCCGUGUGCUCUGAAGCCAAAGGCCUGGUCAACCUGAAGCACCCCGCGGCCCCCCAGCUGCAGAUCACCCCCUUCCCCCCCGGCCAUUACGAAGUCCUGGACUUGAAGACCAAUGGGAAGGUGGUGUCUGUGGAGCUGGUGAAGUUCCACCAGUGCCGGGACGCCCCCCUCCAUGCCCUCUACGACCCCCUGGAGAAGCUCUCUUCAGGCCUGGAUCUUGAAACAGUGAAGGGUAACAUCCGGCUGCUCUUCGACCGCGCCGUCCGGAAGCGCCUGAUGACUGACCGGCGCAUCGGCUGUCUCCUGUCAGGGGGUCUGGACUCCAGCUUGGUGGCCGCCACCCUCCUGAAGCAGCUGAAGGAGGCCGAGGUCUCCUACCCGCUCCAGACCUUCGCCAUCGGCAUGGAGGACAGCCCGGAUCUGCUGGCCGCCCGGAAGGUGGCGGCCCACAUUGGGAGCGAGCACCACGAGGUCCUCUUCAGCUCCGAGGAGGGUCUCCAGGCCCUGGACAAGGUCAUCUUCACCCUGGAGACCUACGACAUCACCACAGUCCGAGCGUCUGUCGGCAUGUACCUGGUCUCCAAGUACAUCCGCAAGAACACGGACAGCGUGGUUGUCUUCUCGGGAGAAGGCUCCGACGAGCUCACCCAGGGCUACAUCUACUUCCACCAGGCGCCGUCGGCCGAGGAGGCCCAGGAGGAGAGCGAGAGGCUUCUGAAGGAGCUCUACCUCUUUGACGUGCUGCGUGCAGACCGGACCACAGCGGCCCAUGGCCUAGAGCUGCGGGUCCCGUUUCUGGACCACAGAUUUACUUCCUAUUACCUGUCCCUGCCCCCAGAGCUGCGGAUCCCAAAGAACGGGGUGGAGAAGCAUCUGCUGAGGGAGGCGUUUCAGGACUGCAACCUGCUGCCCAAAGAGAUCCUCUGGCGGCCCAAAGAAGCCUUCAGUGACGGCCUCACCUCUGUCAAGAAGUCCUGGUUCACCAUCCUUCAGGAGCACAUCGAGCAUCAGGUCUCUGACUCGCUGCUGGAGAACGCUGCCAAAAAGUUUCCCCUGAACACUCCGAAGACGAAGGAGGGCUACUACUACCGGCAGCUCUUUGAGAAGCACUACCCCGGGCGAGCGGACUGGCUCCCGCACUACUGGAUGCCCAAGUGGAUCGAGGCCAGCGACCCCUCCGCCCGCACGCUGGCGCACUACAAGUCGGCGGCCAAGGAGUAGCCCCGGGCGGGCUCCUGGGAGGCGGGGGGCGGGGCCCUCCCCGCUCUGUACCCUCCGGCCCAAUAAAGUUUUCAGCCAAAUGCCAAA